UUUAGUUUAAUUUGCUUGCAAUUGUAGAAUAUUUUGAAAUUAAUCGCUUUUUAAUUUUUACUUAAAAAAUAGUAUUAAUAUCAAUAUUUGAAUUUUCUUGAUUAAUUAAAAGGAAUCCAAAAUAUUAAAUAACCUUAAAAGGGUGUCUAAGUAUUUGAAAGUGUAUUUGGCUGAAAAAAUUUACCUUAAGGUAAAAACAUUGCAAAAGAAGAAACCGGUGUUGAGUUGGUGGCUUGAAUUUUAAUACAGAAAAAUGUUUUUAAAGCCUUUUAAUGCCAAGGCUAAUCUUCAUAUGAAGGCAUCUGAAGUAAAAAAAUUUAAAAGUAAAAUUGAAUCUAUUUACUCUGAUCUAACAAAAGAUGACCUAACAAACUUAUUUACACCAAAAGUAAUAAUUACAGUAACUAAGAUAAUCACUAAUUCUGGAGAAAAUUUAAAUGUAUAUUGUUUUGACAAAAGACCAAUGUUUUUUGAGAAUAAAAAUGAAAUAAUUCCUACUAUAUAUACGUGCUGGGUAGCUUGCAACAUUGUCCCAUAUUUUACUACAUUUGAUGAUGUAUUACCUAGACUUUUGAAUGGUGCAGAUUUAAUGCUUCCAGGAGUAUUGAAACAAGGAAGUGGACUAAAAAUGUAUGGUAAUUAUGAGAAGGGGCGCAUUGUUGCUGUAAAUUUAGUAUCAAAUAAAUUUGCAUGUGCUAUUGGAUAUUUAGCCAGAUCAAGUGAAGACCUUUAUAUGUCUGGAGGUCACGGACCAUGCGUCAAAGUUCUUAACAUUUUUGGUGAUUGUCUUUGGAAUAUGGAACCCUCUGUAGCUCUACAAAUCCCUAGCAAUACCGAAGAAAAGAUCUCACCGCAAGAUGAAAAUAACGAGCCUCCUUUACAGACCCAAAGUGAUGAGAACCCGUCGUGCGAAGUAACACCAAGCAGUCCAAUUGUUUUAGAGGAAAACGUUAACAAUUCCGAUGAGAUUUCAUUAAAUGAUAUUACGUCUCUUGAAGAAGUUAACCAACAAAAUUCAACAACUGAGAAAACAAUGGAUGAAAUAUUACAAGAAGCUUUUUUCAUAGCUCUGAAACAAAAAGCAAAAAAUUUAGAUUUACCAAUCUUAUUUAGUAAUUUUUAUAGGAACGGAAUAAUAGAAGCAGCAACUAAACCGAUAAAUUUAAAGGAAACAACUUAUAAGAAGCUCUCCAAUUUUCUAUUUGAAAUGUCAAAAAAAGGUUACAUAGGUAUAAAAAAGGAUACCAAAGGAGUAGAAAAAAUUAUUUCAAUAAACUAUUCUCAUGAAGAUAUCCUUAAUUUUAUAUUACCAUCAUUAUGUAUUUCAAAUGACAAAAGUGACCAAGGAUCUAAUCCACUUUUCACAAGUGAAAUGCAAGAACUGUAUAUAAUUUCGGAAGAAACUAUACCAUUGUUUACAAAAUUUAAUUAUAACAUUGGCCAGCGGCUUACAUCGACUCAAAUAAAAAAAAUUGUAAGAGAAUAUGUUAGUAAAAACAAUUUACCAUAUAAUGAUGCUUCAAAAACUAAUAUAAAGUUAGACGAAUGUUUAAUUAAAAUAGUUGGAAAAGAAAUUAUUUCUGUUGGUGAGCUAUUUAGAAUUCUUAUUUCAAAAAUGACACGCACACAUGAAAUGGUUGAAAAAACGGGCGUUAAUACGAAUAAAUCACCAAUUCAAAUUCAAGUUGCUUCAAGAAUGGGCAAUAAAAAGGUAACAAUAAUUUCAAACUUAGAAUUAAAUGGAAUAAUUCUUUCAGAAUUAGAAAAAAUAUGUAAGCAAAGUGCAGCUGCUAGUACAACUAUUAUUAAAUCGCCAAAACCAAAGCAAAAUCAGUUACAAAUUCAAGGUAAUCAAAUUAAAUUAGUUUCAAAAAUAUUAACGGAACAAUAUAAGGUUCCUUCGGGCCACAUUCAAUGUGUAGAUUUAAAGAAAAAAAGUAAAAAAUAAUGUUAUCUGGCAGAGAUAAAAUAAAAGGAAUUCAAAAUCAAUCAUUAAUUUUCUUAUUUUAUAUAAAAAUGUAAAAGAUUUAAUAAUCGACGUCAAAAUGAAAGGAUUGAAUAAUUAAUUUCUGAUAUAUUUAUUUCUUUUUAAUCUUAUUAAUUUUGGUGAAGAUUCGUAAGAAUAAAACCUUUAUAGUUCUUAUUUGGCUAUAGGUUAGCCAUUCUAUUUCGGUUAUAAAGGAAAAGUAAUACAAAAUAAAACUUAAGAAAGUUCGACUUUGAGGCUAAAACUUCAGGAGAUAUAAGAAAAAUUAAAUGUGCUCCAAACUCUUUAA